AUGACCCAAGAGGACCUACUAGAAGAGGAUGAUUGGAGAAAGCCACUGAAGAAAAAAUUAGGUGAAGAAAGCAACAUUAAAGACUUGAAAGAUUAUGUGAUUAUCUUUGGGGAACUUUACAGACGUCUUCCGGGAGGUGUUCUGACCUGGUGCGUUGGGGUGGAGGAAGCAAGAAGGAGGUUGCAAGAGGUACACGAUGCCACUUGCAGCUUGGAACCAGUAAUCAGCCUGUACCGGCGCUUGCAACGCAAAUGUUAUUAUUGGCUAGAGAUGAAGAAGCAAGCAGCUGAGAUACAAUCCAAUUGUCCCACCUGUUCUACGAUACCCUCCACGGAGGAGUCAUUCACCAUUUCAUUUGCAGAAGAUUGGAGGGCUCAAUACUUGGCAUUCUUUGUUGGAGGAACUCUGCCGGCCAACUCCAAGCUUGCCCACAAGCUCAAAAAGACCGUAAAUAGGUAUUUUGUUGAUGGGCCAACUCUCUACCGGAAAAGGGUUUAA